AUGGAUAUAUUUGUGGAUCUGAAAAACACAAAGGACCAGUGCAGCUCCCCGUCACGUAAAGAGCAGAAGAGAGCUCAGUACAGGCAGGUGAAGGCCCACAUGCAGAAGGAGGAUGGACGAGUCACUGCACACGGCUGGAGCCUGCUCAGCAAAUAUAAGGUGGCCAAUGGCGGACAAGUAGAGAACAAGAUGAACUUACCUGUGCCAGUGUACUUGAGACCUCUGGAUCAGAAAGAUGCUUCUAUGAAGCUGUGGUGUGCUGCAGGAGUCAACAUGUCUGGAGGGAAAGCAUCGUCAGAGCUCAGUAAACAGACGAAGGGUUCUCAGAGCAGCCUGGAUCAGUUAGAGCAGGAGAGUAAGAAAGGGGAGCAGGAGAAGGAGCUGGUGGUUCAGGAUGAGACGUCCAGCAGGGUGUGGGUUUGCACCAGCACGCACUCCUCCACCAAGGUGAUGGUGCUGGACGCCAGUCAGCCCUCAGACCUCCUUGAUAGCUUCUAUGCCUGCAACACCCACGUGGUCUGCAUUGCUAGUGUGCCAGGUGUCUUAGAGACUGAUUAUCCUGCAGGAGAGGAGGUUCCCCAGGACCUUGAGGCUAGCCAAGGUGACGGCGUGUCUCUGGCCGGCAGUGUGGCCAGUGUGGGCUCAACAGGCAGCGACGGUGCCAUGGCAGCAGAGGGAACCACCGCCAUCCCCCAGACAGCCUCUUCAGGUGUCAGCGACCAGCCAGCUGAGCACAGCGGGAUCUCUGGCUCAGUGGAGCUGUCGAGAGAGACCAGUCCAACAGAAGACGGCGUCCCUACAGCCGAGGAGGCCACAGAGGCGACAGAGGCUAACGCUGGCGUGGGCGAAGAAGGAGAGGAGGAACAGGCAGUGGAUCCAAACCAGCCAGGGAUCUACACCGAGCACGUGUUCACCGAUCCAAUGGGGCAAGCUUUGCAUCUGACAUUGGCGAUCUUCCACAGAGCCAUUGACGGCCAGUGGGAUUUAACCAACUACCACCUGCUGGAUCUGGGCCGGCCUCAUCACUCUAUCCGCUGCAUGACGGUGGUCCACGAUAAGGUGUGGUGUGGCUACAGGAACAAGAUCUACGUGAUCCAGCCCAAGGCCAUGAGGAUAGAGAAGUCGUUCGACGCUCAUCCUCGUAAGGAGAGUCAGGUCCGGCAGCUGGCCUGGGUCGGAGAUGGGAUCUGGGUGUCCAUACGUCUGGAUUCUACUCUGCGCUUGUUUCACGCACACACCUAUCAGCACCUUCAGGACGUAGACAUCGAGCCCUACGUCAGCAAGAUGUUAGGUACGGGUAAAUUGGGCUUCUCCUUUGUGAGAAUCACGGCGUUGGUGGUGUCCUGUGGCCGUCUAUGGGUUGGGACAGGAAACGGCGUCAUCAUCUCCAUCCCGCUGUCUGAAGGUAAAACACGUCAGAACUCUCCCGUAUGUUUGCCAGACGAUCGACCUCCUGGAGUGUUGCUCUCUCAUUCUGUCUCCUCGGUGAAAACUAAACUUAAUCUUCUCUGUUUCUGCCAUCAAAGAUCUGUUUUUAGAGACCCUUAGUUUCAUCCAAUGAGGGUUGUUGACUAACAAUUUUAGUCAAAACACUGCUACCAAUGGGGCAAGAAAAUUUAAAACACUUUAAAAAGGUAAAACAUGCCACCUCCAUAGAGUCACAGACAAUUUAAUCGCCCUUUUUCAGAUAUUUUUGACUGUUUUCAAGCAGUUCAGACCUU